AUGAAGAAGUUUUUUGGUUUCGGGACUGGGAAGGGGCAUUCAUCCCCAGCCUUUCGCACCGAGCUGAUGAAUGGCUUGGGGGCCCGGUUUGAGAAGAAGGAAGAAGUCAAUGAGUCCCCGCGGAGGUAUAACGUCCGCGUGAAAGAUCUCAAAGAGAUCCACAGAGCUGCUGUCAUGGGCAACAUAUUGAAAAUGCGGCGGUUGCUAAUGCUUGGGAAAGACGUGAAUAAAAGAGACAAGAAGAAACGGACUCCUCUCCAUCUGGCCUGUACCAUCGGCCAUGCCGACAUGGUGGAUUUUCUUGUAGAGAGGAAAUGCCAGCUUAACCUCUAUGAUGGAGACUGUAGGACUCCUCUAAUGAAGGCUGUACAAUGCCAGGAAGAGGCAUGUGUAACUAUUCUUUUAGAACACGGUGCUAAUCCACAUCUUACGGAUAACUUUGGCAAUACUGCCCUCCACUAUGCUGUUGCUGGUGACAACACGUCAAUAGUAGAGAAGCUGAUAUUAUACCAUGCAAAUAUUGAAGCAAGAAACAAG